AUGCCUCAAGAGGGCCCCCUAGAGCAUCUGGAGCAUCUGAGGGUUUACAGUGGGAAUAAUCCAGUCAUUCCCAUUGCCCAUGGGACCAAACGCCACCUGACACAAGCCAUCGUGAUGACAGCCUUGAUCCUUCAUGUUUUUAUUCUGCUUUUGGUUUCCUGUUUGGUAUUUGCCAAGGAUGGCACACCACCGAAGGGACACCCCUGCGUUGCUCACUCUCAGCCGUGGCAAGUGGCUGUCUACAAAUUCUUCUCUUUCUAUUGCGGAGCCAUGCUCGUAGAUCGGAGCUGGGUACUCACGGCAGCUCACUGCAAUAAUGGCGCUGUCCGUAUCCGGCUUGGAGAAGAAAACCUGGAUCGUUUUGAUGGAACGGAACAAUAUAGGCAUGUGAUAAAAACCAUUGUCCACCCUGGAUACAAUCGCACAACCCACAGCAAUGAUCUAAUGCUGCUGAAACUGAUGAUCCCAGCGAGACUAAACUGCUAUGGAGACUCCGGGGGACCCCUUGUCUGCAACGGCAGGCUCCAGGGUGUGGUGUCUUGGGGAGACGUCCCCUGUAUUACCAGCACCAAACCUGGGGUCUACAUGGACAUUUCCAUGUACGUAGACUGGAUCAAGAAGACCAUAUGUGAGAACUGA